AGAAGAAGAAAGAAGAAGAAGAAAGAAGAAGAAGAAAGAAGAAGAAAAGAAAACUGUAGCGAGUCAGGAGUUGAAAUUGUGAGCAUUGAAAACGAUAAUUUUAGCAUCUGUUUAGUAUAGCAUUUAUAUAGUUAUUUAUUUCGUGUAGCCUAGGUAGUUAAUUAGCCUAGUUGUUAGUGUAGUACUGUACUGAUAGAAGCAUAGUUAGUAGUAUAGUAUUGAAUCAGUUAGGAUAGCUUCAAGUUAGCGUAGAUUUAUUUGUAUUUAGUGGUCAGGAUGGUACGUAGGUGUAUUGUUGCUGGUUGCAAUAGCGCUGCUGGACUGCAUAGCUUUCCAGCAGAAUUGGGAAUUAGGCGCCAGUGGUUGCAUGCACUUGGCCUGGAUGAUCGUGAGUUCCCGCCUGGAGCUAAAGUGUGCAACUUGCAUUUUACGCGGGAUCGCUUCUCCAACACAAUGGAGGUGGAAAUGGGCUUCUCCACACAGCUCGUGCUGAAACCCGACGCAGUGCCAAACGUUGUUCAUCCAUCGCAGCGGCGUAUUGAGCCUGCUAAGACCAGAGAAAUUGGGUGCCAGACUGAACCCGUCAUCUCCAAAUAUGCAGGCGUGCAGGCUAACAUAAAGCCCAUAAGGAGAAGCAAAGCCAUCCAGGCCAGAAUGCCUAACAGGAGUGUGUCAUGUGACACAGGCACACUGAUGGAGCCUUUCAAAGAGUGUCCCGGGGCAACCUAUAUACCAAUGAAGAGGAAAAGAUCUGAGGGGUCCACUGAUGACUCCAGCUACCAUCAGGAUAAAAGUGAGAGUGCCAUGAACAGUACAAGAGUCUCCAAUGAAGUACCACCCCAGGAGGUGACUAAGUACAUUGUAUAUGAAGAUAAACUGCUGGAGCUUUUUAGAAGAUGUCCUGUCUGCUCCCAGAGUUUGGAUGUUUCACAAACAACCAUUGGGACACUUCUCCGUGUCAAACAGCACUGUGCUUACUGUGAGUACUCCAGUGAUUGGUCAAGCCAGCCAAUGGUAAACAACAUACCAGCGGGAAACUUACAGCUCUCUGCAGCUGUUCUGUUCACUGGCUCAUCGUUUUCCCAGAUAUCGAAGUUCUUGGAUGCCUUCAAAAUCCAGGGGAUCUCUGAGCCGUGCUUCCACGAGCAUCAGGCCAAGCUCCUUAUCCCAACCAUGAACUUGCAGUGUAAAAUUGAGCAGGAUGAAGCUAUUAUAGAUGCCAUUGCUGAUGGGGCUGAGACUCAUGGUGGGGACAUGAGAGCUGAGACUCUUGGUUGGAAGAUAAAAGCUGAGACUCUUGAUGGGGACGUGAGAGCUGAGACUCUUGAUGGGGACAUGAGAGCUGAGACUCUUGAUGGGGACAUGAAAGCUGAGACUCUUGAUGGGGACAUGAGAGCUGAGACUCUUGAUGGGGACAUAAAAGCUGAGACUCUUUGUGGGGACUUCAAAUUUGAGACACUUAGUGGGGACAUCAAAUUUGAGACUCUUGGUGAGGACAUCAAAGCUGAGACUCUUGGUGGGGACAUGAGAGCUGAGACUCUUGAUGGGGACAUGAGAGCUGAGACUCUUGAUGGGGACAUGAGAGCUGAGACUCUUGAUGGGGACAUGAGAGCUGAGACUCUUGAUGGGGACAUGAGAGCUGAGACUCUUGAUGGGGACAUGAGAGCUGAGACUCUUGAUGGGGACAUGAGAGCUGAUUCAUCUGGAAAUGGAACUUAAAUGAUUGAAAGACAAUAUAUGUGAAAUUACUGUUGAUUUUUAUGAAUAAAGCAAUCUAUUCACACAAAAAGAUAUCUUUACCAGAUAGGCUGAAGCUUUAGAACCAUUUACCAUGGCUAUGAGUAUGAUAUUGUUCAUAAAUAUCCAAGUAUAUCAUACAGCUUUUAUUAUUCAGGUCAAUCAUAAUCAUGAGGUGGAAAAUCUGUUUGAACGUGAUGCCUUUGUCAUAGUAACCAGUCAUUGCAUCUGGUGCACUGGUUUUGUUUAAUUUGUUUAUCUUUGUUUACCUAUUCAUUUGUAUAAACCCUGGUUUUGUGUUUAGUACUUAUUCAAUUAAUUAACUGGAGCAGAAACUCUGGUCUCGUCAUAUUUCAUAGCUAUACCUUGGGUAUCUCCCUACCACAGACAUUCUCUACCAGGGACAGUGAGCUGCAGUGUCCAGAGGUGCACCUGUUAAAGGGGCCAUGGCAUAAGACUUUUUUAAGAUGUCAAAUAAAUCUUUGGUGUCCCCAGAGCACAUAUAUGUGAAGUUUUAGCUCAAAAUACCAUAUACAUAAUUUAUUAUAGCAUGUUAAAAUUGCCACUUGGUAGGUGUGUGUAAAAAUGUGGCGUUUUGGGUGUGCCCUUUAAAAUGCUAAUGAGCUGAUGAAAUUCAAAUCACUGAUCAUAAUGAAAAACUCAAUUGUGCUUUUUUCUGCACUUAAUGGCAGUGCUGUGGUUGGAUAGUGCAGAUUAAGGGGUGGUAUUUUAUAAUAAGAGCUCCUUAUGAUAUAAGGAGAGCCAAAUUUCAACGCUCUAUUUUUUCAUGUGCUUGUAGAGAAUGGUGUACCAAAAUUAAGUUACUGGGUUGAUCUUUUUCACAUUUUCUAGCUUGAUAGAAGCACUGGGGACCCAAUCAUAGCACUUAAACAUGGAAAAAGUCAGAUUUUCAUGCCAUGGCCCCUUUAAGACAAAAUAAUUCAUAAUAGUAGAGAUUUGAAAUAUCUAUUUUUCGCUUAAUUAACACUAAAUCAUACCAAAAUGAACCUAAGUGCAUUUUGACAGUUGUGUUAGCAUUUGAUAUUAGCAUUAAACUAAUUUAGCCACAAUAAUGUUUUACCACAGACACUGGCCCCAUUCUCCCUUGCGUGGCUGCUUCGCUAACAUCGUCGGACGCCGAUCGUGUUUCGGGAGUUAAAGCAACCCCAAAGAGUUUUUAUACCUUAAAAUAAUGUUUCCAAAAAAGUUUCAGUCGUUCAUCCACUCGAAACAGAGUGAACGGUACUUUCACAUUCGCUUUGCAGCUCUCUAUCGGCCAAAACCGCACUAAAGAAGUUUCCAACCCUCGGGUUGCGGUCCUGUAGUUCAAGUGA